AUGCGGGCAGAGAGAGGGACAAGAUGUCGAGUGCAGAGGAGUAAUGCAGGCCGGUCACAUGGACCUGAUGAAGUGCAGAUCCUGCCUUGGGCUUCCGGCCUCAAACCACCAAGACGACGAUGGGGAGAUUUGGCGGAGAAACCCCGUAGAGAGAGAGAGACCAGUGCGCAUAGGGCUGCCAAUCAGAGCCCCAACAGGUCUCGCAGGAGACCCAGUGGUGACCUGGGCCAGGAUGCGCGGAAUGCAGUGCAGUAUGACAGCAUGCUCGGCCUCAAUGGCCCCGAACUCGAUAAUAAUAGGCAAUUGGGUGGCGAAAAGCUGUGUUUCCGUGAUGAAAACAGCAUCAACUCUGGAGAGACAUCUGGAAUGCUGAUAUUGCGAGAUACGAGGAUUGUGAUGAUUCCAACCGUUGCUGCAACAGUGGUUGAAGACAUGUUGCUGCCGUUGAAACCGAUGCCCGUCGCGUCAUCCAUUCAUCCACUGUGA